GGUCUUGAAAACCAAUUAGUUCUCAACCUUCCCCACAGCCACAAACCAGCUGUUUUUUUAAUGGGAAAGGUAAGAUGAAAAAUCCCAUUUAUUUCACGUUGUAAUUCAUGCCUAUUUCAAUGCACAGCUCACAGAUACUUCCAUGCUUAUCCCCCCUCCUUCUCCAGAAAGGAAGAAGCCCCUUUCUCUUGUUUGAAUUCCCUUCUUGCAUGAUGAACAAUUUACUAGACUGGCCUGAACCUAUUAUCCGGGUUCAAUCCUUGUCCGAAAGCGGCUUACCGGCGAUUCCCCAUAGAUACAUGAAGCCACUUUCGGAUAGGCCGGUCAUAAACUGGCCCGAAAGUUGUGACGUCAACAUUCCGCUCAUCGAUCUUACUGGUUUAUCCGAUGACAAAAUCGGGCUUCCUCCAAGGACGGUGGACCAAAUUUUCUCGGCGUGUCGGGAGUGGGGUUUUUUCCAAGUCGUGAACCAUGGAGUUAGCCCCGAUUUGAUGGACCGAGCUCGAGAGACCUGGCGGAGCUUCUUCCAUUUGCCUAUGGAGAGUAAGCAAGCUUAUGCUAACUCACCCAAGACUUAUGAAGGUUAUGGCAGCAGAUUAGGGAUCGAAAAAGGUGCCAUUCUUGAUUGGAGUGAUUACUAUUAUCUUCACUAUCUUCCAUCAACUCUCAAAGACUACAACAAAUGGCCAGCUUCUCCGGAUUCUUGCAGGGAAGUAACUGAUGAAUAUGGGAAGGAAUUGGUGAAGUUAGGUGGGAGAAUAAUGAAGGUGUUGUGUGUAAACCUCGGGCUAAAAGAAGACCGACUUCAACAUGCAUUCGGAGGGGACAACUUAGGGGCAUGUUUAAGGGUUAACUUUUAUCCCAAGUGUCCACAACCUGAUCUUACGCUUGGCUUAUCGUCGCACUCGGAUCCCGGUGGCUUGACAAUUCUCUUACCAGACCAUCAAGUUCCCGGACUUCAAGUACUGAAAAAUGGUCGGUGGAUCACUAUCAAACCUGCUCCACAUGCAUUUAUCGUUAACAUCGGUGAUCAAAUUCAGGUGCUAAGCAAUGCAAAUUACAAGAGUGUAGAGCAUAGAGUGAUAGUAAAUUCAGGGAUGGAAAGGGUAUCAUUGGCAUUCUUUUACAACCCGAAGAAUGAUAUACCGAUCAAACCGGUGGAAGAAUUGGUUUCGGAAGAUAAACCGGCCCUCUAUCCUCCUAUGACAUUCGAUGAAUACCGACUCUUCAUCAGAUUAAAGGGCCCCAAAGGUAAAUCUCAAGUGGAGUCCCUAAAGUCUCCUGGAUGUCAUUAAAAACUAUUAUAUUUACUAUUAUUAUUAGUAGUAUUAAAAAUCUCAAUUCCAA